AUGAGAAAAUGCACGGCGUUCCAAGACAUCUUUGAUAUUGCUGGAAUCGGCCGUGUUCGAUCGGCUUCAAGAAGCACUCUGAUCCCUCUCGAAACUGCGGCGGAAUUCAUCGUAUCACCACUGCCAUCUACGAAUUACCAUCCACCAUCUCUUACCAGGGUUUUCAAGAAUGCAUCUAUCAGUGUGCGAGGGGCGACCACUCCGGGCAGAUGUUCGCUAUCCUAUCAUGCCGACGAUCCCUUCUCGGUCUGGAAUCCGUUCGAUCAGUCCCGCUUCAAUCUCACGGUUUGCUUCAAGUAUUCGCUCUACCUCAUCCCGUUCUUAGUCAUCCUCGUCAAUGGCUCGCUCGAUCCCUACAAGCUCUCCUCCCGGCCGGUCAUCCCACCCAAGUCGACCAGCCGGAACCUAAUCAGGCUCUCCGAAUUGACUUACAUCAGCAAAUUGCUGCUGAUCCUCAUUGUCUUGGUCAUCCAAUUAGCUUACUCGUCCAUCCUCUUCCUCCGAUCUGGCUGGUGGGAUCCCGUCGAGUCUCUCUCCCAGCUCGUGGUCUUAGUCAGCCUGUUGUAUGCGAUCCCAUUACAUCAUCUUUCACACCAGCGAUCCCAGCGGUCAUCAACCAGUCUGCUGUUCUUCUACCUCUUCUUCCUCAUCACCUCGGCCAUCGAACUUCGCUCUCACCUCGACCACUCUUUACUUCACCAGCACCCUCAUCAAACCAGCUUCCUCAUCCUAAGAUCCUCACUGGUCACCGCCCUCUUCAUCCUCGAGUGUCUCGGACCAUUCAAGUAUGGUGACCACGUCUUCUCUUUUGGUAAGGAUGGCUACGAGGCUUUACCCCAGGACGACCCAGCGCGAGCAGGUUCCGAUCUGGCUAACCACCGCUCGGAAUCGCCGUUGAUUUAUGCGAACGUGUUCUCUCGGCUGACGUUUGGAUGGAUGACGCCGAUGAUGAAGCUGGGUAAGAGCCAGUAUUUGACUGAGGACGACUUGUGGAUGUUGCCACGGGAGGACCAGACUGAUGCCCUGACAAACCGACUCCACCAAACCUGGAGACGCCAGAUAUCACGAGCUUCCUCAAGUCCUUCGUUAAUCCGAGCCAUCGCACAAGCUUACGGUGGACCCUACCUCCUCGCAGCACUCUUCAAGCUGAUUCAGGAUGUCCUCCAAUUUACUCAACCGCAACUCUUGAGGCGCCUGCUUAGCUUUGCCGAUUCCUUUUCGCCGGGCAGUCAACCCGAGCCGGUCUACCGUGGUUACAUGAUUGCUGGCCUGAUGUUUAGCUGCGGGUUCACUCAAACUUUAUUCUCGCACCAAUACUUCAACCAAGCUUUAAUUACCGGGAACAGAAUUCGUUCGAGUUUGAUUGGGGUAAUCUAUCAGAAAUCAUUGAUACUUUCAAAUGAAGAAAAGUCUGGCAGGGCCACGGGAGACAUCGUUAACUUGAUGUCGACAGAUGUCAGUAGGAUCCAAGAAGGUUGCACCAACGGAAUCAUAAUUGUCUCAGGCUUGUUCCAAAUUAUUCUGGCUUUCUUUGAGCAGGCUUCAGUCAGGGCUACAGAAACAACAAAUGGACAAUCAAGAUUCGCGGAGCAGGCUGAUGAACGAGAUUCUGAACAACAUCCGAUCGAUCAAGCUAUACACUUGGGAAAACACAUUUACCGACAAGUUAUUCACCAUAAGGAAUGA